GUUUCUGCUAUAUCUGUCUCAUUGCCCUAAUAACUCCCCCGCCCCCAUUCCAAUCAUCAUUGCCACUUCAAAUUAAUACACAGAGUGUGUGUUUGUGUGUGUUUUCACGCAUAAACCACCGCCGAUCUCCGUCGGCACUCAUCAUCGUCAUCGCUUUGUUGUUCUGAUUGUUUUGUGCCGAUGGAUCCUCAGGUUCAGCAAGCACAAUUGGCAGCGAUCCUUGGGGCGGAUCCUGCGCCUUUCGAAACUCUAAUAUCUCAUCUCAUGUCUUCAUCGAAUGAGCAGCGAUCGCAAGCUGAACUUCUAUUCAAUUUAUGCAAACAAACGGAUCCGAACACGCUCGUUCUCAAACUCGCUCAAUUGCUACAGCUAUCUCCUCACAUGGAAGCUCGUGCUAUGUCAGCAAUUCUAUUGCGGAAACAGUUGACUCAGGAUGAUUCGUUGAUGUGGAAUAUGUUAUCUCCGGCGACUCAGUCUUCACUUAAAUCGAUUCUGUUGACUUGUGUGCAGAAUGAGGAAGCGAAGACGAUAAUGAAGAAGCUAUGUGAUACGAUUUCGGAAUUAGGUGCGAGUAUUCUGCCUGAAAACGGUUGGCCGGAGCUUUUGCCGUUUAUGUUUCAGUGUGUUUCCUCCGAUUCGCCGAAGCUUCAGGAGUCCGCGUUCUUGAUCUUUGCGCAGUUGUCGCAGUACGUUGGGGACACUUUAGUCCCACACAUAAAGCACCUUCAUGGCGUGUUUCUGCAGUGUUUGACUACAUCAGCGAGCUCAGAUGUGAGGAUUGCUGCUUUGAGUGCGGUGAUUAAUUUUAUCCAGUGCUUGUCUAGUUCCGGCGACAGAGAUCGGUUCCAGGAUUUGCUUCCAGCAAUGAUGCGGACGCUGACAGAAGCAUUGAACGGAGGGCAAGAGGCUACUGCUCAAGAGGCAUUGGAGUUGUUGAUUGAAUUGGCUGGGAUAGAACCGAGGUUCUUGAGGAGGCAGUUAGUGGAGGUGGUAGGAUCUAUGUUGCAGAUUGCUGAAGCUGAGACUCUGGAGGAAGGAACUAGACACCUGGCAAUUGAGUUUGUGAUCACACUUGCAGAGGCGAGAGAAAGGGCACCCGGGAUGAUGAGGAAGCUGCCGCAGUUUAUCAGUAGGUUGUUUGCCAUCCUGAUGCAAAUGUUGCUCGACAUUGAAGAUGAACCUGCUUGGCAUUCUGCUGAAAAUGAGGAUGAGGAUGCUGGGGAGUCUAGUAAUUAUAGUGUUGGACAGGAGUGUUUGGAUCGGUUGGCUAUUGCUUUGGGUGGGAAUACCAUUGUCCCUGUUGCAUCUGAACAGUUGCCUGCAUACUUGGCUGCACCUGAGUGGCAGAAACAUCAUGCUGCUCUUGUUGCUCUUGCACAAAUUGCUGAGGGAUGCUCAAAGGUGAUGAUAAAAAACUUGGAACAAGUGGUGACAAUGGUUCUAAACUCAUUUCAAGAUCCUCACCCACGUGUGAGAUGGGCUGCUAUCAAUGCAAUUGGGCAGUUGUCUACAGAUUUAGGCCCAGACUUGCAAGUUCAGUACCACCAACGUGUUCUUCCAGCAUUAGCUUCAGCCAUGGAUGACUUCCAGAAUCCUCGAGUUCAAGCCCAUGCUGCUUCAGCCGUGUUAAAUUUCAGUGAGAAUUGCACACCUGAUAUUCUAACGCCUUACCUUGAUGGAAUAGUGAGCAAAUUGCUUGUACUACUACAGAAUGGUAAGCAAAUGGUACAAGAAGGGGCCUUAACUGCUCUAGCAUCAGUUGCUGAUUCAUCACAGGAACACUUCCAAAAGUACUAUGAUGCAGUUAUGCCCUACUUAAAAGCCAUAUUAGUAAAUGCAAAUGAUAAAGCUAAUCGCAUGCUUCGAGCCAAAGCUAUGGAAUGCAUUAGUCUUGUUGGAAUGGCUGUUGGAAAAGAAAAAUUCAGAGAUGAUGCAAAACAGGUGAUGGAAGUUCUCAUGUCACUACAAGGAACUCAAAUGGAAAAUGAUGACCCCACCACAAGUUACAUGCUUCAAGCAUGGGCAAGAUUAUGCAAGUGUUUAGGACAGGAUUUUCUUCCUUAUAUGAGUGUAGUUAUGCCUCCAUUGCUUCAAUCAGCUCAACUUAAACCUGAUGUCAUCAUCACAUCUGCUGAUUCAGAUGAUGAAAUUGAAUCUGAUGAUGAAAGUAUGGAGACAAUUACACUUGGUGAUAAAAGAAUAGGAAUAAAAACUAGUGUCCUUGAGGAAAAAGCUACAGCUUGCAAUAUGUUAUGUUGUUAUGCAGAUGAAUUGAAAGAGGGAUUUUACCCAUGGAUUGACCAAGUUGCCCCUACAUUAGUACCCCUUCUCAAAUUCUACUUUCAUGAAGAAGUUCGAAAAGCAUCUGUUUCAGCAAUGCCUGAGCUUUUAAGGUCUGCUAAAUUAGCAAUAGAGAAAGGGCUUGCACAGGGUCGUGAUGGAUCUUAUAUAAAACAACUUUCUGACUAUAUAGUUCCAGCUUUAGUUGAAGCUUUACAUAAGGAGCCUGAUACAGAAAUUUGUGCAAAUAUGUUGGAUGCUUUGAAUGAAUGUCUACAGAUUUCUGGACAAGUUUUAGAUGAAAAUCAAGUGAGAAGCAUUGUUGAUGAAAUAAAACAGGUGAUUACAGCAAGUUCAAGCAGAAAAAAAGAAAGAGCUGAAAGGACAAAUGCUGAAGAUUUUGAUGCAGAAGAAGGAGAGCUUCUUAAAGAAGAAAAUGAGCAAGAAGAAGAAGUCUUUGACCAAGUUGGUGAAAUUUUGGGAACUUUGGUGAAAACAUUUAAAGCUUCCUUUUUACCUUUCUUUGAUGAGUUAUCAUCUUAUAUAAUGCCCAUGUGGGGCAAGGAUAAGACAACAGAAGAGAGACGAAUUGCUAUUUGCAUCUUUGAUGACGUGGCAGAGCAGUGUCGCGAAGCAGCUUUAAAAUAUUAUGAUAUAUAUGUCCCUUUCCUUCUUGACGCAUGCAACGAUGAGAAUCCAGAUAUCCGACAGGCAGCUGUAUAUGGACUUGGCGUGUGUGCAGAACAUGGUGGCUCAGUAAUUAAACCUCUUGUUGGAGAGGUUCUUUCAAGGCUGAAUUUUGUAAUAAGACACCCAAAUGCCCUCCAGCCUGAUAAUAUAAUGGCAUACGAUAAUGCGGUUUCUGCUUUAGGAAAAGUAUGUCAGUUUCAUCGCGACACUAUAGAUUCAGCUCAGGUUAUACCCGCAUGGUUAAGCUGUUUGCCAAUAAAAGGAGAUCUUAUCGAGGCUAAAGUCGUCCAUGACCUUCUUUGUUCCAUGGUAGAAAGGUCUGACGUGGAAAUAUUAGGGCCUAAUAAUCAGUGUCUUCCUAAAAUUGUUUCGAUUUUUGCUGAGAUAUUAUGUGGUGGAAAAGAGCUUGCGUCAGAGCAAACUGUAAGCCGGAUAAUUAAUCUCCUGAGACAGCUUCAACAGACAUUACCUCCUGCCACGUUGGCAUCCACGUGGUCAACCUUGCAGCCACAGCAACAACUUGCAUUGCAAUCGAUCCUUUCAUCUUAACAUAAUUAUUUCGUCAUAUAUAAAUAUAUAUUCUUUGCCAUAAGUUGCUAUUUAUUUUUUCUGCGUGACAAUACGCAACAACCUCGGAUGGGUUGUUUGUUUGUUUGCUUAUUCGGUUGAGUGUAGUGUAGGUAGAGUAGAAUACUAGAAUUGUAUAUUAGAGUUUCAUUUGUUGAUGUACACUAUUGUAUACCCCUACAAUAAAGGGGUUUCUUUGUGAUUGUAAGAGGUGGGAGUUGUUUGAGAAAAGCAACUCUUACAACAGUUUUGGUCGUUU